UUACGUUUAAAAGGUGCUACAAGAGAAAACCAAGAAUAUAACUCGAUACUCGAUUCAUGAUAUUUUUUUCAUUGUGUGAUCCCUAAAUGCGCGGGACGCCAUUUUUGAUAUAGCAGCCGCGAGAGACGGGACUCUAGCCAACGCGGACGUGACUCUAGCGCGUGGCGGCGCAUUGUGUAACUUCGAGAGUGCGUAGUUCUUUCUACCCUGCAUUUCCGUGGAUCAAGAGCAAUUGCAGAAAAGUGUCUGUGUUUGUACAUAUAAAUGGCGUCGGACGAAAGAUGGUAUUUUACGAAGGAACAGUUAGCGAAUACACCGAGCAGAAGAUCCGGCUUGGAUGCGGACAAAGAGCUGAGCUAUCGUCAGCAGGCGGCGAAUUUUAUUCAGGACAUGGGACAACGACUAGUCGUGUCACAACUAUGUAUCAAUACAGCCAUAGUCUACAUGCACAGAUUCUACAUGUUCCAUUCGUUGAAUCAAUUUCCCAGGAAUUCCAUUGCGAUAGCAGCACUUUUCUUAGCUGCAAAAGUAGAAGAGCAACCAAGAAAAUUGGAACAUGUUAUCAAAAUGGCACAUCUCUGUCUCUUUCGAGACCAGGGCCCGCCUGACAGUCGCUCGGAUCAAUAUCUCGAACACGCCCAAGACUUAGUGUUCAAUGAAAAUGUUCUUCUGCAGACGCUAGGAUUUGAUGUUGCUAUUGAUCACCCACAUACUCAUGUUGUUAGGUGCUGCCAAUUGGUUAAAGCAUCUAAAGAAUUGGCUCAAACUUCAUACUUUAUGGCAUCUAACAGUUUACAUCUCACUACUAUGUGCUUACAAUAUAAACCCACAGUUGUUGCGUGCUUUUGUAUACAUCUUGCAUGCAAAUGGUCCAAUUGGGAAAUUCCACAAAGUACAGAAGGAAAACAGUGGUUUUGGUACGUGGACAGAACCGUAACUGCAGAACUACUUCAAGAACUCACAGAUGAAUUUCUUCACAUAUUCGACAAAUGCCCGUCAAGAUUAAAGAAGAAAAUCAUGAGUAUUUCCGCCAAUCAAAGCCCUAGUAUUCAUCAUUCUAGUUUGCCGAAUUCUCCUUUCGAUGCCGAACCGCGUAAAAUACAAUCACCAAUAGACGGGUCUGGAGCUAGUACUUCUAGUGGCUAUUCAAGUCGUUCUCAUCAUUCGCAACAAGAAAAACAAGAUAGGCAAGAAGAUAAGAAAGCCAUGGCCAUUGCGGGUCCAUCAACAUCGAGGACAGCUGUAGAUUAUCACCGAGAAUACCGCGAAAAGAAAGAACGAGAACGUUUGGAAAGAGAGAAAGCGUCAACAAUGAGCACUUCGCACAUUGAUCUUAACAAGUCUCAUCAUUCGCAUCAUCACAAACCUAUGUCCAACACAACGAAUGUGCCGAACAAACAUCAAGUACCGUCGUCGGUCCAAAAGAGCAGUACAAGCCUUCAUCAUAAUCAUUAUAUGAAAAUGGGUCCAGUGCCACAGAGACAUUCUACCGGUAGUCAACCCAGAGAAGCUACCAACAGGCAACGAUUGCCGAGGGAUCACAACGUCAGUGCCGGUAGUAUUGCGCAUUCGUCGCACGUUAACGCCAAUUUAGAUAGUUCCUUGCCAUCCGAAUCCUCGUCUCAUCGGACGGACGGCAAUGUUGUACAGGAUUCGACAACCUCAUUGCACGGAAGAUCGCAGGAGAAGUUGAGCAAUAAUAAUCAUAGUGGACAUAGACUGAACGUGCUUGACAGUAAACAUCAGACAUCGUCGCACGAUAAAAGGCUGUACCGAGGAGAAGACCCAAGGCUCAAGUCAGGCAAAUAUCCGGAUAUCAGUAAAAUCGAGAACUCCGCACGACGAAAGCCGGAUGAAAGAUGCGAGGAGGUGAGACAGAGAUGCGAAGAAGUGCGAAAGCUAAUCGAAAAACCGCCACCAAAACAAGCGGAUGUGCCGUAUCUGAUAAAUACGGCGCCGCAGAAGCAGCAAGUGCAUCCUUCUAAAUACAGCAAUCAGCAACAACCCGAAAAAUCGCAAAGUAGCUCGCUUCCAGGCGACUCAAAACAUGGAACAAUGUCAAUUAGCCAGAACAUGCUUUCGCAAGACAAAUCACCAAAUGUAUCGGUACCUCAUACCCUUUUGCCGCACAAAUCCGUUAAACAAAUAUAUAAUCAACCCAACACCGUGAGUUUGUCUGUACCGAAGGACACAAUCAAGAACGGUAGUUCUCAGUCGUGUUUGCCCUCGUUGAGCAACAUAGACGAUUCGAAAUUGGAAAAACGGCCACGAACGACCGCGUACGAGGACUCCGUCGAGAAGAAUUCUGCUGACGCUCAACAGAACGCAAUUCUCCAUACACCUCCCAGCAAACACAGAUCGCUCUUCAGUCCAGAAACACCGACUAUGAAGGAACCACAUCCACAAAGUUCAAAACCCAAAUCAAAGCAAAAGACGCCACCUAUCUCAGCCACGAAGACGAUAUCGCAGUUCGUCAGUUCUCCGACUUCGCAGGAUUCCCUGAAGCGAUCAUGCCCCAGUGAUAAUGUAACAUCCAUGCACAAGAGACUUCGCGCAUCAAACAACAGCGAGAGCGAACAACCGAAGAAAAAAAUCGAAGAUAUAUCUAACAUGGAAGCGAUGAAGAUGCUUGGACGCGUGCCCGAUAUGAUUCAACCGAUACGCGAUAAUAUAUUAUUGUCAUCGAACGGCAAAAACAGUAAUAACAGCAUGACGUCUGUCAUCAAUGACAUGAAGCCACCGGAGCUCAUAAAACCAUUCGAGGAACAUUCUCGUUUCAAUACGCAGUACAAAACCUCGUUGAUAAACAUGAAUAUGCUGACUAACGGUAUGGAUAUGAAUACUGCAAUGAGGCAAGAAGCUCCGGAACAUCGCGUGAAAAAAGAGUAUCAGGAACAUUACAUGAAGAAGGAUCAGUCGGGGCAAAAGACUGUGGAACCGUCGCAUUCACAUUUCCAGCCGAAGCUUGAAUAUUCGUCGCCGAUGAAAUCUGCGCAAAGUAUAAGCGCGCUGCUUCAAGAACCACUGGCACCGAUGCCGUCGUUAUUGCAAAGUUUACAACAGCAGCACAGUCAAGUGCCUCUUCAGCAAAUGCAUCAAGAACAACAGUCGAUUCAUCACUCGGUGACGGAUCAUCAGCUACCAAUGGUGACUCAGUGCUUGUCCAUACCUACUGAAAGCGACAAUCUCACACCAAUAGCCUCGACCGUCGACAUUAGUGCUCUCUCCUGCGUGCCAAUAAUACAGCAAAGUAGUAGAACUAACGAACCGGAAUCGACGACGCAAGGUGCCUCAGAACCUACCACGUCUAUUAUCCCGACUGAAGAAAAACGAUCUGAACAUCAUAAAAGCGAAAAGAAGAAGAAGAAGGAGAAACAUAAGCACAAAGACAAAGAGAAGAGCAAAGAAAAGCACAAACAUAAACACAAAGAUAAAGACAAGGAGAGACAUCGCGAGAAGAAGGACAAAGAUAAGAGCGAUGAAGUACCAACGGCGGCUCCUAUCAAAAUCACGAUUCCCAAAGACAAGUUAAAUUUGAGUACUGAAACGUCACCUAUAAGCGGUAAUGUCUCUGUCACGUCGGACAAGAAUAUAACGCCGCAGAGUACGGGUUUGAAAAUUAAAAUUCCGAAAGAGCGGCUCAAGGGCACUGAUAGUGUACCAAGUUCGUCGCCAGCGCCACUUUCGGUGGUGCCGCUCAAGUUUAAGAUACGGACGACUGAUGGCAUCUACAGAAGUUCAGCAGCAGCACCAACUUCGUUACCAGCAUUACCACCGCCGACAUCAUCGUCAUCGUUAUUGUUGCCAACAUCAUCGUCGUCAUCGUUAAUAUUGCCGUCUUCAUCAUCGUCAAUGUCAUCGUCAAAUGGCUCCAUGCACGCUACUGAAUCUACAAAUGAAACGCCAAGUCGAAAGCGUGAACGGAUCGAUUUGAUUGGCGACAAUUCGACGACCGUAGCCAAGAAGCAGAUGAUGAUAUCUGCGACAGGUUACGGACAGGGCUACCGACCUGGAGAACGGCAGAACGGCAGACAUUAUAACUCCGGCAACAAUAAGGAGAGACAUUCAUCCAGUCACCACAAAAGCUACAACAAGCUGUCACAAUCUCAACAGUCUCACACGUCGUAGUAUGCUAUCGGACAAAAGCAUAAGGAAGUGUCCCGCACGUUACGUCCUGAGGAAGGAAGCGCCUAUUAUCUAUGAGCGCGCGAGGAGAAACGUGGAAAAUAAUAAUAAGAAUAGGGACACACGCGCUUUUGCCAAUUUCCCAUUAUAUUACACGUCGAAUUAAUUUCUCUCAACAAGAAUCAUCUUUUCGCUCUCUCGUCCUCUCCCCUCCCCCAUUUCGUGUUCCAUUUUCUCUCUUUUCUUGACACCUUUUUCACGGUGAGAGAAAAAUGUCCCGCAGUUGUACGCGUCCGUUAUGUAGAGAGUUCGUAUUAGUCUUGACGCUUUCACUGAAACUGACUUUUUUCGAAAGAAAAAAAAAUACGAACGAGAGAGAAGAAAACAUGAUCUUACUCAGGUUCAAACUACUGUAGAUAGAUGCAACUUGCAUUUUCGAUAGCGCGCGACUGGUGACUUUUCCACUAUUCGCUUGCCUUUUUUCUGUUCGCAUAAUGUGUGCGAUUAUAUAAGUACUGAUAAUAAUCCUUACACUGACUCGUCGAGAAUUGCGAACGUUCCGCAAUUUAUAUUCUAAGUGAGAAAGUCAACGAUAUGAAGUAAAACUAUAUAUAUAUAUAUCGGCGCACUUACUGCGAUUGUUAAAAUAAUGACACGUUAAUAAUAAAAUACUCCGCUAUUCCCUGUACGAAUUUUCUCGCUUGACACUUUUACAUCCGUGUCGAAUGAAAAUAAAUUUAAAAAAUCUUAGAAGAAUUUACGCUGUAUUUAACGAAGAUUAAACGAGUAUUUGAAUUAAAUCGUACAGGUAGCGAAGUGUUAAGACGAUGUAGAGAUACGAUUGACACGUGUCUUCGAUAAUAUAAAAAAAAAAAAAAAAAAAAAAAAAAAAACCCAAAAAAAAACUGUUUCGAUGAAACAGCUUCGUAAGCUUUCACAAAGCUUUGUAACGUAAUGUUUAAUCGAUGAGAAAUCGGAGACACACCGAUUCCUUCUUGGGUUUCUUUGCCCACUCAGUUAGUUUAUUUUCAUUGCCUUAAAAUAUGAUAUGCGUUCAUCAUAUUUGUCAUACACAUGUUUGACACACAUUUUUUCUCGCGAAGAGCGUAUGUGAACGUCCGUGUUCGUCGCCGAAUAUAUUCUUGACUACCACCUUCGUUUGGUUGGUUUCGAUAAGCAAAAAUUUAGAUAAUGUAACUGGGUUUAGAUUUUUAUUAUAUCUUUAGUAUAGGCAAAUCUUAAGAUAGAGCAACAAAAUCUCCGAUAUGAUUGAUAUAUGCAAUACGAUUAGACAAUUUUGGUUUGCGUGUCAUAUUGGAAAACUAUUUCGUUACAAAAACAAAAAUUAUAAAAAAAUGUUCUUUUAGAUUUUUCUUAAGUAAAAAAAAAAAAAAAAUUAGAUUAGUUACGUUAGAAUUACGCGAGUUGUCUUGAGACUACAAACACACAUAAUGUGCAUUUAAACAAUGCUUCGUUUCCGGCUGUGGUUUAAUUGAUAAUUUCUGUUCUCGUUCUCGUUUCUCUUUUCGCAUAGUCAAACGUCAGCGAGAGACGCUGAUUUGUCCAGAACAAAGAAUGUGUCAGUCACACAUCAUUAAUUCUCAGGAUAGUUUUUCUUCUCAAAUCGUCUGAUCUAACCGCGGAGUCAAUCUCACCGAUACUCGUUUUCUUUUGUUGCGUUACCGUUAUCGUUUCGCGAGACAAAUCCGAAUGUUUCUACAACGAAAUGACCGAUUCAAGAUGAAACAACCACACAUAUAUUACAUAUUUUACACACAUAUAUAUAUAUACACACACAUACACACACGCAGUAAAGUACUUGUUCUAUGAUUAUCCAAUAAUAUUUAUAUUACGUCUUAUUAUUAUUGUGUAAAUAGUUCUCUAACACAUUCAUAUACCUAAAAACUGCAGUAAGUAAAUGAAUAAAUAUAUAUAUUAUACUAUUAAUAUCUAGUAUAUAAAGAACUAUAAAGUAAUAAUUAUUGCGACAGACUGUAAAUAAAAUUAUUUUGUAUGUGAAAAGAAACCAAAUGAGAGCAAACUCUACUUCGACGCACUCUGUUAUGUGUAGUUUGAUGCGUACAGAUGAGACACACACAUACACACAUUGCAUACAGAAGACAAAGACAUACAGAGACAGAAAAACCACACACACACACACAUACACACGCGUGCGCCCUCAAAGAUGUAUAGUUAUAUAUAUACGCGCAACCGCCCUGCGAAAUCAACGUAUACGUACGUAAGCGACGUUUGUUGAUUAAUAUAUAUAUAUAAUAUAUAUAUAAUAUAUACAUAAUUUAUAUACAUUAUAUAUAUAUAUAUAUAAUAUAUAUAUAUGCGCCGAUAUUAUACUUUGUUCAGCGGUACACAAACUACAAAGUGUAUUCGCCCGAUCGACGAUCGUCCAAUUAUAUUUUUGUAAGUAACGAUCUACUUAAGUUGAACUUAAAAAAAAAAAAGAAAUCAAGGAUUCUGUGAAUAUAUUAGAUAGAGUGCUGCGUAUCCGAGCAAAAUGAGAGAAAGGGGGAUAAUAUAUCACACACAUUGGACAUCGCGUAUUUCGUACAACAGCAUUUGAUUCAUCGAAAUUUCUGUCGAAAAUUGAAAAGAAGCUUGAAAGCCUCUCAGGCUCGUACCCUCGUAACGCGAAUGCGAGUCAUUUCAAUCCCAUAGAAGAAAGAUUUUUCAUUAUAUAUAUAGUUUUGAGAAUAUCUCUGUACAGAAACGAACACUUGCGUACCAAAUACAACGUUGUAAAAAAAAUUACACAUUGCAUGUCCAUUUGAUAGCGACUGGAUCAAAGUAAAUGCUCGUGGCAUCCGCAUUACGAGGGUUAAAUAGCUGUAAACUCGCGUCACUGUCGCAAACAUGAGAGCAUCUUGUUUCUUUUCUUCCCGGAUAAUCUGAAAGAUGUCUCAAAAAAAAAUAUUACAAUAUCUACAUCUGAAAACAGUGAGACGUCUUUUAAACCAUUUUGAGAUAAUGUGGUCUGGGUUUUGAUACCGUUUUGUUUUUAUAUUAGUUGUACUUACGUGCGAGAUGGGUAACGGGUGACAAGCGACGGAAGGUAACGUCUCCAGUGAUCCUAACAAUAAGAAAUAAUGUUACAAGCGUGCACGGGAGAAAUAUUCCAUUGCUUGGCGCCCGCCAAUCAUUUUCCGUCACUCGGAAGCGCAACUGCAGCCUUACGAAAAAAAACGCGGAUCGUUCCACCAACGAUCAUCAUGUACAAUCCGACUGUGUGACGCGGAGUUUACGCGAUCACGUUUCUCGUGGCGUAUUGUGUUCGUUAGAUGAAAAAAAAAAAACAAAAAAACAAAAAAAAAGACUUUUUUUCCGACUGAGAACGAGACGAUCGAGAUGUGAAUCCGGCCCGAAA